UUUCCCUCUUUUUUCCCAAACCCACGCCUGGGUCGCCAACCACCCCCAAAAAGAGGAAAAAACCCUAAACUUAUUUUGGUAAACCUGCUAUUUCUCCUGCUGUGAACACUUAUUUUGGUCACUUCCAUUGAUAACAACUGCUCAACUUCGAAUUUCUUCUCAUCAAGGUAAGAAACUCUGAAUUUUAGUUACAAGCACCGUCAACCUAAAAAGGUUGGGGCUUUGAUGCUACUGUAUCAGCUUCCCCCUUAUCAACCACAUUUACAGUAGCAUCUUCCAAUACCUCAGUUUGUGCACCAGCAUCAAGAGCAGCAGAUGCUUUAAUUUGUUCACCUGCUUCAGAUGUCUACUAGAAAGUUUUACACUUAACCUCCUUUAGACAAUUCAAAAAAUCACUGAACUUAAAUUCACAACACAGAAAAAGAUAACAGCUGCAAGACUAGUAAAUUGAUUUAAAAAAUGGGAGACAUAAGAAAAUCAACUAAAAUAUAUGGUUAAAUUUGGUGUGACAUUUGCUAACUAGGUAGAGCUUAGGAGUGUCCCCUGUAAUGUUCAACCUUUGUGCGUCUGAUGAAUAUGUUUCUAAAAACACUGUUCAGCAAAUAGAAGACAUGUCAUUCUUAAGAUGUGAAACAGAAAGAAUGGUAAUCAAAGUUACUGUACCUCCAUGACUUUGCUUUCAUAGUCUUGUAAUUGUUGAGCAUAUGUCAUUUCCUUGUUUGAAACCCGGAAGAUGUAUGUUAAUAUCCAUCUAACUGUUAGACCCAAAACCAGGACUAAUUGAACUACAUUUCCAGCUUGUAAAGGAUCAAAUCCCAAGAACUGCAUAAGAUGUUUGUAUCAGAAUUAUUACAAACAAGAGAAUAUAUUGAACAUCACAUAUAAAAUAACUAAAGAAGAGGAAAUAACACUAUCAUUCUACAUUCUGUCUGGUGCAGUUCUAAUUCGGUUUACAACCACUUAUAUCAGUUCAUUAUUUUCUAAUCUUUCUUUUUUUUUUUAGAAUUGGAACCUUAGAAUGCUUCUGAAUUCUUAAUGAGAAAAUUAAAAAUAUAACAGUAAAAAUAGUUAGGCCAGUGAAAUGGUGGAUGUGAGAGAUUAUUCAAACAUAUUAUAAAAAUAAUCUUCGAAAGUAGAUUGACUAAUAUUCCUUAGUAAAGGUGACUAAUAUGUUUUUGUUUGCUUAUGUUCAUUUCUUGUUCAUUGCCAUACUAAUAUUUUUUGGUUGAGUAUAUAUGUAUAUCAAUUUCGUGUAUAGACCAGAUUAUGUCACCUGAUAAGCAAUGGAUGGAACUUAUUCAUGAUCGACUUGAUAACACUUACAUACUUGGGGUGGAGAACUUUCUUGAUUAUGCUUUUAAAAGAUUGAGAGAAACACGCGAAAUACGUUGUCCAUGCGUCAAAUGUUGUAAUGCAAUUUCAGGAACACGUGAGUUGGUUAGGUCACAUUUAAUAGUACACGGAAUGGUCCAAAAUUAUACCCUUUGGUAUCACCAUGGGGAGAGAUUAGGUGAGUCUUCUUCAGAUUAUGAAUUUGUAGGUGAUAAGAUCAAUGAAGAGGGUGAUGGUGAGGAUGAAAUACAUGAAAUUUUAAGAGAUUUAUAUCCCACUUUUGAAGGAGACAAUAUGAACAAUGAUGGUGAUGGGCCGUUUGAGGAGGAACCAAAUAUUGAAGCAAAAAGAUUCUAUAGGAUCUUAAAAUAUUUUGAGCAACCAUUGUACCAAGAUUCAAAAGUUUCUAAACUUUCUACUUUGGUAAAGUUGCUUCAUAUCAAAAGUAUUGGUAAUUGGAGUAAUGCAUCAUUUACAAUGUUGUUGAAGCUCUUGAAGGAAGAUUUAUUGCCAGAUGGAUCAAACUUGCCAGAUUCAUAUUACGAAGCAAAGAAGGUAAUUCGGCACCUAGGGCUUUCUUACAAGAAAAUUGAUGCAUGUAAGAAUGAUUGUAUCUUAUACUGGAAUGAUGAUAAGUCUCGAGUCUUGCAAAGUUUGUGGUGCAUCUAGAUGGAAGGAGGAUAAACGCAGCGGGGAAAUCAAAUUUAAAAGUGGGAAAAAGAUACCAUACAAGAUUUUACGUUAUUUUCCUCUAAAGCCAAGACUUCAAAGAUUAUUUAUGUCUUCGAAAAUAUCUACUCUGAUGAGAUGGCACCAUGACAAAUGAGUUGAUGAUGGAAUAAUGAGGCACCCAACUGAUUCAAUAGCGUGGAAAACGUUUGAUGAACUUCAUCAAUCUUUUGCAUCCGAGCCUCGUAAUGUUCGACUUGGACUUGCUAGCGAUGGUUUUCAAUCAUUUGGAAAUUCCAAAACUCCAUAUAGCAUUUGGCCUGUGGUACUUAUUCCUUAUAAUUUACCACCUUGGCUAUGCAUGAAGAAAGAAAAUUUUAUUUUGUCGAUGAUUAUUCCUGGUCCUGAGAGUCCUGGAGAUGCUAUUGAUGUCUAUCUCCAGCCUUUGAUAGAAGAAUUAAAGGAAUUGUGGGAAUCUGGAGUGAAGACCUUUGAUGCGUCAACUAAACAAAACUUUGUGUUACAUGCAUCUUUAUUAUGGACCAUUAAUGACUUUCCCGCCUAUGCAAAUUUGUCUGGAUGGAGUACAAAGGGAAAAUUAGCGUGCCCAUGCUGCAAUAAAGAAACUCACUCAAUUAGGUUGCAAAAUUGUAAAAAACAGUGUUAUAUGGGCCAUAGACGCUUUCUUCCUCUUAAUCACAAAUGGAGGAAUGAUAAAGCAUCAUUUAAUGGCACUAAGGAGAAAAGAUUACCACCAAAACAGUUGUCUGGUGAUGAUAUACUUGAUCAAGUGGCUGAUUUAUAUGGGUUACAACUAACAAAGGAUCCAAAGAAGAAGAUUAAAAUAUCACAUGAGAGUAGGGGUGAUAAUUGGAAUAAGAAGAGUAUUUUCUUUGAUCUCCCAUAUUGGAAAGCUCUUUUAUUGCGGCAUAACUUAGAUGUAAUGCACAUUGAGAAAAAUAUAUGUGAUAAUAUUUUGGGGACAAUCUUAAAUAUCAAAGGAAAAACCAAAGACACCAUAAACACUCGGUUGGAUUUGCAAGCAAUGAACAUUAGGAAAGAAUUGCAUCCAAUAAAAAUUGGGGAUAAAUAUGACUUACCAACGGCAUGUUACACAUUAUCUCCCGAAGAGAAGGACAGGUUUUUCAGUUUCUUGAAGAACUUAAAGGUUCCAGACGGAUUUUCAUCAAAUAUUUUCCAGUGUGUCAACCUUAAAGAUCGCAAAAUUUCUGGUUUAAAAAGUCAUGAUUGCCAUGUUCUUCUACAACAUUUACUCCCACUUGCUCUACGGGGCAUGCUAUGCAAAUCUGUGUGUGAACUGCUUAUUGAGUUGUCUUUAUUUUUCAACGUACUUGGAUCGAAAUGUUUAAGUGUGGAUGAAUUAGAGCAGAUAGAUGCCCAAAUCCCAAUAACUGAGUGCAAGCUAGAAAAAGUCUUCCCUCCUACAUUUUUUGAUGUCAUGGAGCACUUGCCAAUUCAUUUAGCUAAUGAAGCUAAGAUUGCUGGACCUUCUCAAUAUCGAUGGAUGUAUCCAAUGGAGCGAUAUAUUUACUUUAUAAAACCAUUUAUUCGUAAUAGGGCUUGUGCAGAAGGUUCUAUUGCAGAGGGAUAUUUAGCAACUGAAUGUAUGACCUUAUGUUCAAGAUAUAUACAUACAAUGGAAACAAAGUUUAAUCGUCUUGAACGAAAUUAUGAUGGUGGUAUUAUAGAAUCUGAUGGAGGUUUAACAAUUUUUUGUCAUCCCGGAAGAGCUUUAAGAGAUGGCAAACCACACAAACCUGAUUCAAAUGAACUGGAGCAAGCACAUAUUUAUAUUUUGAAGAAUUGUGAUGAAAUUCAACCAUUUCUCGAAAAGUUUUCAUUAACUCCAAUUGAUACCUCUCAAGAAAAUUCUGAUAUGCAAUUCAUUGGUUGGUUAAAAGAAAAGGUUGACAUGAAUCCCUCAAAAUAUCAGAAGUCUAAAAUGGAAUCAAGUUCGAAGACUGUUAAGCAUGUGUACGUUCCACCUGGUACCUUAGCAAGGGGGCGAAGACAGAGCUUCAGAGCAUUGGGUUCUAUAAGAGUAAAUGCUGAACAACGAGGUGAUACACUUUUUCCUCAUGAAGAAGAAGAGAUGCAGGGCACUCGGAGAAGUGAAAUAAGGCUUUGUGAAUCUGAAAAGGUAAAAAAACUGAGAGGAACGAAUUGGUGUAAAAAUGUUGCAGGACUCAAAGUUGGAGAAAAUGUUGCGCCUCCUAGUUUUGUUCAAACAUUUGAAGGUGAUACUCUUUUUCCUCAUGAAGAAGAAGAGAUGCAGGGCACUCAGAGAAGUGAAAUAAGGCUUUGUGAAUCUGAAAAGAUAAAAAAACUGAAAGGAACGAAUUGGUAUAAAAAUGUCGCAGGACUCAGAGUUGGAGAAAAUGUAGCGCCUCCUAGUUUUGAUCAAACAUUUGAAGGUGAUACCGAUCUUUUUCCUCAUGAAGAAGAAGAGAUGCAGGGCACUCAUAGAAGUGAAAUAAGGCUUUGUCAAUCUGAAAAGGUAAAAAAACUGAGAGGAACGAAUUGGUGUAAAAAUGUUGCAGGACUCAAAGUUGGAGAAAAUGUUGCGCCUCCUGGUUUUGAUCAAAUAUUUGAAAAUGAUACUGAUCUUUUUCCUCAUGAAGAAGAAGAGACGCAGGGUACUCAGAGAAGUGAAAGGCUUUGUGAAUCUGAAAAGGUAUAAAAGGUGAGGGGAAUGAAUAGGUAUAAAAAAGGUGCAGGACUCAGAGUUGGAGAAAAUCUUGCGCCUCCGGGUUUUGAACAAAUAUUUGAAGGUGAUACUCUUUUUCCUCAUGGAGAAGAAGAUAUGCAGGACGCGCAGAGAAGUGAAAUAAGGUCAUGUGAAUCUGAAAAGGUAAAAAAGUGAGAGGAACGAAUAGGUGUAAAAAAGUUGCAGGGCUCAAAGCUGGAGAAACAUUGCACGUCACUUUCUACCAUAAUAGGGUUGUUGGGCAACAUCAUGCCUCAUUUACGAGACACUUAGGUAUAUUGGUCCGUGAUCGUAAUAUGUGCCCAUUGCGGGUACACUCAUGGGCAUACAUCGAAGAAUAUAAGCUACAACACAUGUGGGAAGCUGUUACGGACAAAUUUGACAGUGACAUAAAUGAUCAACGAGAUAAUGUCUUGAAACAUAUGAGAAAGUUAUGGAACAAUUGGAGAAGAUCGAUGCACAAGAAUAUUAAGUCUAAGCCAUUCCGUUAUGCUAUAAAAGAUGUGCCAAAGGGGGUAGACAAGAGUGAUUGGGUAUGGCUAGUCAAGGAGCAUUUUUUUACUGAAAAAUUUAAGGAGGCAAGUACAAGAAACUCGGUCAAUAGGUCUAAGUAGAGUAUGCCUCAUCGUACGGGUAGUAAACCAAUUAGGGAGAUCAUUUAUGAAAUGGGAGGUAAAAAUGGUAAACCACCAGAUAUGGCAACUAUUUUUUUGAGACUCGUAAGAAGAACAACAAGCUUGUCGAACCUGAAACUAGUGAGAAAUAUGAUAAAAUCAAAGAAUUGGUGCAAUCUGAAUCGUCUCUUACAAACAUUGAGGUUGUAGAAAGGUGCUUCAGACCUCAACAAAAGAGUCAUGUAGUUGGAUUUGGUGGUGGGAUAACCGCUAAGGAGUUGAAAGGUGGUAACUCCUCUAAAGCUGCAUUGUUGGAAAAGCUGAAUGCUACUGUAAAAGAAAAUGAAUCGCUAAAAGGACGUUUGGAAGGGCUAGAGAGCAAAUAUGAUGAGCUAGGGGGUAAAUACGCACAACUUGCAAAGAUAGUGUUUGAUGAGCCUUCAUCACCAUCUUCAAGUGAUCAAUAGAUUGAAUCAUAUAACGGAUAAUUAACUGACCUGGAUAACGACAUAACGAAGUCAUCAUAUUGAUCAAAGCGCAGCAACAUUUGCCGACGCGCAAGCAGCCCGAUCAAACAGUUUCCUUUCGCGCCCAGAUGCUUGGGCAGUAAACUUCAGAUUUUAAUUGAAUUUAUCACUUCUUUGGCUAGUCAACUUACUUCUCGUGAAUAUGGUUAUCUAUCUGUCCAUUCGCUAAUUUAAGAUCAAAAACUUGAAGCCCGAAGAACCUAUCCUUGAAAAAAGUGUAGAGCAAGUUGAAGUACAAGAGGUCUUUGGUUCGUCAACGAUGGUUUAAAGACACUGUCUUAUGUACAUAUAUAUGCUGCAAUUUUCUUUUUUUUUCUUUUUAGGAAUUAUUAAAAAUGAUGAUUAACUCAUCUCAUUUUAUGCUUCCAAUUUCUCUUAGAUGGGUUAUCAUAUUUUUACUUUUCAUUGUUUUA